AUGAGUUCUAGGGCUGCUCCUAAGUCUAAGGGAAAGAACGUCUCUCAGGGUAGUUCCAACCCAGAGGUCGAACAGUUGGUUCAAGGUCUUGCAGGGACGAAUCUGGCUCCUUCACAAGACGAUGGAGGAGAAUGGGAAGUCAUUUACAAAAAGAACAAGAACAAACCUGCGAAUGCGUCUUCUGGAAAGUCUUGGGCUUCUCAUAACCAGAACCCUCCUAGAGCUUGGGGUGGCCAGCAACAAGGGAGGGGGAAUAAUGUUUAUGGGAGAGGUAAUGGCAACGGUAGGGGAACACAAGGUACUGAUUCUAAGGUCUCUGCUGGUCGAGGACAAGGAAUGAACAGAGGGUAUGAGAACCACUACGUGGCUCCCGCACCUGUAACUCGCCCUCCUUUGGAAGGAGGAUGGAAUUGGCAGUCUAGAGCAGGUUCUGGUCAGCGCACAGCUACGCAGGAGGUUCCAAACAUGGAGGAUAAUCUGGAUAAUGCUUCUGAGGAAGAGGAUCAUUCUGAUGGUUUGGAUGAUUCUGACGAUGACCUUGCCAGUGAUGACUGUGACUCGGAUGUGAGUCAAAAGAGCCAUGGGACACGGAAGCAGAACAAAUGGUUCAAAAAGUUUUUCGAGAGUUUGGAUAGCUUGUCGAUUGAGGAGAUAAACGAACCGCAGAGGCAGUGGCAUUGUCCCGCUUGUCAAGGCGGACCAGGUGCUAUUGACUGGUAUAACCUGCAGCCUCUUUUAGCUCACGCGAGGACAAAGGGAGCUAGAAGAGUUAAGCUCCAUAGGGAGUUGGCUGAAGUUCUUGACAAGGAUCUGCAAAUUCGAGGAGCUUCUGUCAUUCCGUGUGGUGACAUGUACGGGCAGUGGAAGGGUUUGGAUGAGGAAGAAAAGGAUCAUGAAAUUGUCUGGCCUCCAAUGGUCAUCAUUAUGAAUACUAGACUGGACAAAGACGAUAAUGAUAAGUGGCUCGGUAUGGGCAACCAAGAGCUACUGGAAUCCUUUGACAAGUAUCCUGCUAUCAAAGCACGCCAUUCCUAUGGUCCACAGGGCCAUCGUGGGAUGAGUGUUUUGAUAUUUGAAAGCACUGCCACUGGCUACGUUGAGGCUGAACGUCUCCACAGGGACUUAGUUGAGCAAGGGUUAGACAGAAACGCCUGGGACCGUCGACGUCGUUGGGUUUCUGGAGGUCGUCGCCAACUGUUUGGUUUCCUUGCAACAAAGCAAGAUCUGGACGAAUUUAAUCAACACUCUCACGGGAAAACAAGGGUGAAGUUCGAGUUGAAGUCUCACCACGAGAUGGUUGUGAAGGACUUGAGGCAGAUAGCUGAGGACAACCAGCAGCUAAAAUGGUAUAAGAACAAGCUCACAAAACAGAGCAAGCACGUUAAGGUGGUUGAGGAGUCUCUGGAAAUUUUGAGCGAGAAGCUGCGUAAAACUGCAGAGGACAAUCGAAUAGUCAGACAAAGAACCAAGAUGCAACACGAGCAGAACAGAGAAGAGAUGGAUUCGCAAGACAGGUUUUUCAAAGAAUCAGUGAAGCAGAUACAUGAGAAUAGAGACGCAAAGGAAGAGAAUUUUGAGAUGUUGCAGCAGCAGGAACGUGCUAAGGUUGUUGAGCAGCAGCAUAUGGAUGAUCCCCGAAAGAGAGCUGAGGAGCUGUCAAGCUUCAUAGAGUUUCAAGAGAAAGAGAUGGAGAAGUUUGUAGAGGAGAGGGAGAAUCUGGUUAAAGAGCAAGAGAAGAAGAUGGCAGAGAUGAAGAAGAGGCAUUACGAGGAAAGGCUUGAGCUUGAGAGAGCGUAUGAUCAGUCUUUGGAAGAGCUCAUGAACAAGCAUGGCUUCUGCGAUGCCGAUGACUGA